GUUGCUUUACAGGGACUUUACCCCAUUACUCCGCUUCACGCACUGUUUACCAGUAGCUACCAAAACCCUCGCAGUUCACCGUCUCUCGGGCUCAUUGCUUUAUAAAUAUUACAUAAGCACACUAAAUAAACGCUUGUGUAGGCCUGCUCGUGUAACAUAGAAUGGGAACAGCAUUAUAUAACGCAUGUAAGGAAAUACGCUUAUUCUGCAAAACAGGUUCCGCUUCCUCCAGAUCUCACAUGAAAGCAGUUCACUCCAUUUACUGUAGUUACACAUUAUUGAGAAGCGAGAUGUGAGAAUGAGUGUCACAUGACUGCAGCACCUCCAGCUCAGCCCCCACCUUCAUCCUCCGCUCCACACGCUCGAUGUAAACACCGCUUUGUCUCUGAGCCCGUGGCUGGAGCUCUGCACUCGCCAUGCCAUGGAUACUUUAUGGCAAUACCAGUUCAGGAUCAUUUUAUUGGGGGACUCGACGGUGGGCAAAUCAUCUUUGCUCAAGAGGUUCACGGAUGGCGUAUACAGCGAUGUAGCGGACCCUACGGUCGGGGUGGAUUUCUACGCCCGUUCACUAGACAUCGAGCCCGGCGUUAAAAUCAAGCUACAGCUGUGGGACACCGCCGGACAAGAGAGAUUCAGGUCCAUCACUACUUCCUACUAUCGCAACUCUGUGGGCGGGCUCUUGGUCUUCGACCUGACGAACAGGAAGACCUUCGAUCACGUGCGGGAAUGGCACCGAGAGGUCAGCGAGCACAUCCUGCCUCAUCACAUGGUCUACAUCCUAAUCGGCCACAAGAGCGACCUGAGCCGCGACCGCAAGGUGACGCGGGACGAGGCGGAGCAGCUGGCGGCCGAAAUCGGCAUCCGCUACGUGGAGACCUCGGCAAAGUGCAACAGCAACGUGGAGCGUGCUUUCGAGCUACUCACACGGGACAUCUAUGAGCUGAUGAAGAUGGGUGAGAUCUCCACGCGCGACGGCUGGGACGGGGUCAAGAGCGGCCUCACCGCUAAAGUUCUCUAUCCCGCAGAGGAGGAGGCGGAGCGAGAAAAGAGCUGCAACUGCUGACUCCCACAAGCCACCUGUAAUCGCUCACAUGUGUAUCAGUCGGUCAUCGCUUUCACUAACGUGUUGCAUCAUGGUCACUGCCUCAGGCCUGGACCGCUGCACUUACCUUGUUGUCGCUGUCUGAGGUACAAGCCACUCGAAGGUGUAGUAUAUUUGGGCUUGAAUGGACAGGCCCUGCUUCAUAUUGUUGGAGAUCACAUCAUGUUCUGAAGUUUGCAGCAAUCUUGUGGAUAACAUGCGGAUAAAGGAUUUUAGAGUCUAGUUGUACUUCACAUCCUCUGGAGCUAAUAUGGUUUAUUUGGCUUGCUCCUUUCCCUUUAACCAUUAUUACUAUAGUGCAGUUAACAUUUAGAGAGAACAUAUCGUGAUUGCAAUCUUAUCUACACUUAAAUACUUUAAAGACCCCAUUAAAUGGCUUGACUACAUGGUUUUCUUCCCUGUGUUGACAUUCCUUAUUGAAAAUGGAAGUUGGAGACGGACAAAUGGCGUGUCCUUAAAAAAACUACAUCCAAUAGCCAUUAGUUUAUGUCAGUGCCAUGAGCCGUGCUACUUCCUAUUGCUAGUCAGUGGCGGGUGGUAUUAGGAAAAGGGCAUUUGAGAGCAUAAUAUUUUCCCAGUAGCAAAACACUGAAUGUGUGUUUUUAAUAGUUUUUAGGACUACACAUAGCACAUAAAUGCCAUCUAUAUUCAUAAGAGUCAUGGGCUGAAAGCCACAAAACUCCAAUUUUGAUUUUCUGGAGUCUUUAAAUAAGAAGAACACGUAAAAGUGAAAACUGGCUGGUAGACAUAAUUUGUAGGUAAAAAGGUAAGAUUAAGGGACCGUUCACACAGAAUGCAUUUUACCAUUCCAAUGUGCUACUUUUUUAUUGUGUUUCGAUGUAAACACACGCUAGACGGAUUUGUAUGACCAUUGCGCUCGCUUCUUUUACAGCACCUCGCACGAGCGCUGCGUUUUAAGACUCUGUGUCAAUUUAAAAGAAUUUCAAUUUUUACUCACUGCGCCGCUCAUCAAUGUCAGUUCCAAAACCAAUCAGAAGACCCCGGAAGCAGAGCAGGUUACAAGCUUUUGUGUACAGUAGCAAGUUGGAAUGGCAUUUUCUUAUCACAACCUGCUUCUUUAAAAAAAAAAAAAAUCUAUUCUGAUGUUUGGCUUUUUUGUUAUUUCCGUUAUUGCACCACAUCUCAAAAGCACGUCCCCAAACCAUUGCGUUCUGUGCUUAAAAACAUUCCUGUGAUUUUAAAUGCGAAGACGCAGUCUAUGUGAAUGCCCCCUAAGAUUUUUACACAACACUGUUAUCAACUAAAAAUGGAAAAUUUUUAUGCCUUUUUUGGUCAUUGCAUUUGGGCUUGAAAACACAUUUGAAAAAGGGUUUCAAAGUGUAAGUUUUUUGGAAACAAUACCAUUGUUGUCUCCAUGUAAACUAUAAAAAUGCUAAUUUGUGAAAAUGGUAACAUCAUGAGCAUGUGUAUUAUGCGUUCAGUCUAUAAGCAUGCACACGUUUCUUUACAAAGUGGCAUCGCUACUACUGGCCUGGCAUGCAUAAUACAGCAAUUUUAGUAAUUUUUACGGAGCCAUGUGAACGGCGCUCAUUUUGUUGAUGUCUGUACACAAAACUUUUUGUAGUAGAUUGUUGUCGUGUAAACCUCCCCUCAAACUGAUCGCUGGGUCUGCAAACGUAAUUUCGCACAUUCAACAAUACAUUACUCCUUAAAGGGUUAGUUCACCCAAAAAUGAAAAUUCUGUCAUUGAUUACUUACCCUCAUGUCGUCAUGGUACUGUCAUGAAUGUGCGUCAAAGACUGGCACAGAAGAGGAGAAAUUGUUGAAUAAAGUUUUUUUUUUUUUUUUGCACACAAAAAGUAUUCUAGUAGCUUUGUAACAUUACGUUUGAAUCACAUGGACUAUUUUAAUGAUGUACUUACUACCUUUCUGGGCCUUGAACGUAGCAGUUGCAUUGCUGUCUAUGGAGGGUCAGAAAGCUCUCGGAUUUCAUCAGAAAUAUCUUAAUUUGUGUUCCGAAGAUGAACAAAGGUCUUACGGGUUUGGAACGACAUGAGGGUGAGUUAUUAAUGACAGAAUUUUCAUUUUUGGGUGAACUAUACCUUUAAUACCACUUUGUUUUUUACAGCCCAAAUUUAGCAGACAUUAUUAUGAGCACGGAGCCAAAAUGCUGUAAUAAUUCAGGAAAUAAUCAUGAAUGCAACCUAUUGUAAAUGGUCACCUUGCCCAUGGAUGCGUGAGUAAUAUUUUGUAUCUUUUAACGUAGUAUUCAUUCUCUAAAACAAUUCAGUGUAAUCACGUCUCAUAUGCUCUGUUCAGGAAUCUAGUGAUCUGCAGACCUCGACAGCAUGAUAUAUGCCUGACACAAAGCCUGUUCCAAAAGAUAGUCAGCAACAUUAUGCCGGCUGCAGCACAUGUAAAUAACCACAUCUCAUUCAAUACUGGAAAAUAUCAAUUGAAAUAAAUUGACUAUUUUACCCAGUAUUUGUGGUGCUAUUUAUUGUCUGUGCUUAUUAGAGUAUCACAGCAUGCAAACAAGUCUACAACAAAUUUCCACCUAUGUGUACCAUUACAAAUGAGUCACUUAUGAAGUUCCAUUGGUUCGGAUGUCGCCUUACACCCAAAGUAUGGAGAACAUUGGAGCAUUGCCAUCUGAGCAAUCUGGCUAUGUUUGUACCAUGCUGAAGAUAUGCAUACUCUAGUGUACACUUAAAGGCCGGAGUAUACUUUGAGCUCACUAGAGAUUGGAACAGAGCUGUAGAGAAAAAACAAAACAUGCUCGAUACACACAGUACUCCAUAUUAGCAAGAUUUAUGUACGUCACCCAGCUGAACUAAACUAGUGGAUCACAGCACCACCUGCUGUAGUUUCCACUUAGCAGCAAUAAAACAAGUGAAAAAAAAAGAUGUGCUGGAAGUUCACACCAAGAACAAUAUCUAUAACAACAACUAAAGUUUUACUAAUCAUUCUAAUUCGAACUUCAAAUCCAAUCAGAAAACACUUGACUUUAAAGAGCGUGAGCAUUUAAAGUGGCAGACGAAGAUCUGCAGUGCAUGCUUAUAAUAGACAAAAUGUUAUCAGGCAUUGGUGUGGACGCUAAUAUAGCGAUCAUUUUAGUUAUAGUUAUCAUUCUUGGUGUGUAAGCGGGACCCAUAUCGACACACCAGAGACUUGCAAGUGAGCAUAGCAAUGCCAAACGUCCACAUAUAGUAUAGCAUUGCUCAGGCAACUGCCCACAAGCACCACUAACUAUCUGUAUAUGACGAGUAACCCAGACCAUGUGCUGCUUCAGAUCACAGCAGAGGAUAUAACAGAUAUAAGGGCACUCCUCAUCUCACCAGCACGUCAGUAAGACUUCAGUCAUGCUUGCUGUACAGAGGUUUUGCAGGCAGCAUUGCUGAGAGUCGGCAUUACUGGGUGUGUUUGUACAUACAUUUCUGUACGGCUAAAUGCAUUGUAAAUAGCAGCAGGGCAAAGUCUUUGUGCCAGAGGAACAUCUGAAUUGUAUACAAUUAGUUACACAUAUUUUGGUUUUACAGACCAAGUGUGCAAUUUUCCCAAACUGCCAAAUUAUCUUCUGUGAUAUGUGACCCUGGACCACAAAACCAGUCAUAAGGGUCAAUGUUUUUAAAUUGAGAUUCAUACACCAUCUGAAAGCUGAAUAAAUAAGCUUUCCAUUGAUGUAUGGUUUGUUAUGAGGAUAAUAUUUGGCUGAGAUACAACUAUUUGAAAAUCUGGAAUCUGAGGGUGCAAAAAAAAAAAAAUUAAAUAUUGAGAAAGUCGCCUUUAAAGUUGUCCAAAUGAAGUUCUUAGCAAUGCAUAUUACUAAUCAAAAAUUAAGUUUUGAUAUGUUUACGGUAGGACAUUUACAAAAUAUCUUCAUGGAACAUGAUCUUUACUUAAUAUCCUAAUGAUUUUUGGCAUCAAUAUCCUAAUCGAUAAUUUUGACCCAUUCAAUGUAUUGUUGGCUAUUGCUACAAAUAUAUCCGUGCUGCUUAUGACUGCUUUUGUGCUCCAGGGUCACACAUAUAGGUAAACAAAGCUGAUCAUAUGCAGACUUCUCAUAGAAAAUGAGAAAAAAAUGGCAGAUUCUGUUGCUUUGGAUCCAUGUGCUUUAGGACAAUCAGGUUCCUUUGCUCAUUUUCACUGCUUUAUUGUGCAGAUGAAAAACAUCAGAUAAAUGUGAGUGAGGUUGCAGAAAACUGGCUGUGUGUAAACUUUAACAAUGAAAUGAGUAAAUAAGUCCAACUUUUCAUCCAACACUUGAACACAGGGUUUAUUUGUACAGAUUUUUUUUUUUUUUUUUUUUUUUAAACACAUGCUGUAACAUAACUGUUUUGGUUGAGACAUGGCAAUAACUGAAGGAAAAUCAGACUAAAAUCUGACUUAAAUGUGCUAAAUGUUAGCAAUUUUAUACAGGUUGGAAGCUGUGGAUACAAAGUUUACAGGGAUGGGAAAUAGAUAAGAAUGCGAGAAGUUAAUAUGUUGGAUUAAGGCUAAAUUUACCAAUGCAAUUGACACAUGUAAAAAUACAGUGUGAAUGCAAUGCGAAAAAAGCCUCAUGGAAACAUUUUCUGAACAUGACAUUAAAAAUUCUGAUGGGUUGAUUCAAUUAGAUUCUUUUACCUUUGUAAUAUUUAAAGGAGUGUGUUUACAUGUAUAAAUAUUCAAAUGAAGACCUGAAGGACUGAAAUAUGUGACCACACUGCUGUUGUGUUGCGGUCACUGAACGGUUUUGCACAAUUUGAGUAGUUUCUAUGGCAACUGCAUUCAUUAAGUACUUACUCAUGGCAUAUUUAGCUGCACAAAUUGCUUCUCAAGUACUAGUUCACAUAUGAAUGCAUUAUAACAAUGAUCAAAUCAUUCAUGGUGGUGCCAAAUACAUUGUACACGCCCCCUGGUGGUCAACAGAGAACAGCUCUAUGACUCCAUUUUAAUAAAAUCGGGUUGCAGUGAAAUAAAUCAAAUGGCUAGUGUAAAUGGAAUAAGUUUAUAGUGUAUUAUAGAUAGAGAAUAGAACACUUCAGUAUAACAGCAGGGCUUUCAUUAGUCACCCACUGUCCAUUCUAACCACAUAAACACAUCUAUACAGGCCUUUAUAGGGGUUCAUCACUGAUGUGGAUGAGCAGAGUGAAAUGUAUUGCACAUUUUAAAUGUUAAAUCAGCUGUAAUGAUUGCUAAUAGUAAUGAUGUACAUCAAGCUCUGGGCAUUGUAAACUGUCAAUAUAUUUGCAUUGUGAUUUGGUAAAUGUCAUAUAAGAUUCAUUAUGUUUAAAUAAAAUUAGAAUUAAGA